AUCUUUUUUUUUUUACCAUGUUUGUUCGCUUUCUUCAUCUUCCGAGACACACUCUACCAUCAUUCUCUCAAAUCUGUGUUGUGUUAUGCCCUAGAUCCAUGGCUUCCUUGCUUUUUCUCUCCAUCCAUUCCUGACUUUUCAAUCAUACCCUUUUUUUUAUUUCUCUUUCUCUGGGUUCUUGCAAAUCCUUCAGAGGCUCCAUAACCAUGCCUUGGGAGCUCACUUUCAGAAGAAUAACCCUUAUUUUGAAGUUUUGAUGGUUUUGCUUCAACUGGGGUACAGUAAAGUUGUAAUUUUUAGAUUUGUGAGGCUUGAUUUGUUGAAAUUGAGGGCUUUUACUGCUAGAUAGAUUGUUUAUUUUAUCGGGUUUAUUUGGAUUUGUUGGGUAUAUUGUGUUUGCUGAUUUGUGACUAAAUUUUGGGUUGGUAAAGAGUACUGGCUUGCUAUGUGUUGUUAAUAUUGCAUUUUAGCUUUGUGGUGUGACAUUUGGGGAAGGGUUUGUGGAUUUUUUUUGGGUGGUUAUGGUUAUUAGAAGAGAAUGAUGCUAGGGUAGAAUAUUGGAAAUGCUGUUGAAGAGUUGAAACAUUGAGAUUUGGAGAUUGGUUUUUAGGGGAGAGGGUGUUUGGUGUGCAUAAUGGGGGGCAUGUGUUGCAAGCCCUCUGCCAUUGAGGACAGUAAGGAGAGUCCGAGGGAGCGUUUAUCGGGCAAGACUGUGUCGGAUUUGCGUGUAGCUAGGGGAGCUUCAUCGAGGAGGGAGGAAUCGUAUCGAGUGAAGGAUAGGUACGAUAGCAAUGAUCCGAGGGUUGGAUUGAUUGAUAAGCAAGGGAAUGGCGCCGUUCGUGUGCAAGCUGAUAAUUUUGAGAGGAAGAGGGAGAAAAUGGAAUAUGUUGUAGCUCCACAUCCGGCAAUUGGGACUGUUCCCAAGGCCAUGGAAGGAGAGCAUGUUGCAGCUGGAUGGCCCUCAUGGCUGGCUGCAGUGGCUGGAGAGGCUAUCAAAGGUUGGUUGCCUCGGCGUGCAGAUUCUUUUGAGAAGUUGGAUAAAAUUGGCCAAGGAACUUAUAGUAAUGUUUAUAGAGCUCGUGAUCUUGAACAAAGAAAGAUUGUUGCUCUGAAAAAAGUGAGGUUUGAUAAUCUUGAGCCUGAGAGUGUUCGCUUCAUGGCAAGGGAAAUUCACAUUCUGCGUAGGCUUGAUCAUCCAAAUGUCAUAAAAUUGGAAGGCUUGGUUACAUCUAGGAUGUCAUGCAGCUUAUACCUUGUUUUUGAGUACAUGGAACAUGACUUGGCUGGGCUCGCAUCACAUCCAGGACUGAAGUUUACAGAAGCACAGGUUAAAUGUUACAUGCAGCAACUUCUACGUGGACUUGAUCACUGCCACAACUGUGGAGUGCUCCACCGCGACAUUAAGGGUUCCAAUCUUUUGAUUGACAAUAAUGGAAUCUUGAAGAUUGCAGACUUUGGUUUAGCAAGCUUUUUUGAUCCCAAUCAAAUUCAACCAUUGACAAGCCGAGUUGUCACGCUUUGGUAUAGGCCGCCUGAGCUUUUACUUGGAGCCACUUACUAUGGCACCGCUGUAGACUUAUGGAGCACGGGUUGCAUACUUGCCGAGCUGUAUGCCGGCAAGCCAAUAAUGCCUGGAAGAACCGAGGUGGAGCAAUUACAUAAAAUUUUUAAACUGUGCGGUUCACCAUCUGAGGAUUAUUGGAGAAAGUCAAAGUUACCUCAUGCGACAAUAUUUAAGCCUCAACAGCCCUAUAGGCGUUGUGUUUCUGAAACAUUCAAGGACUUUCCUGCACCUGCAAUACAACUGAUAGAGACCCUUUUAUCCAUAGAUCCUGCUGAUCGUGGAACUGCAGCAUCUGCUUUAAGGAGUGAGUUCUUCUCAACGAAACCUCUUCCUUGUGAUCCUUCAAUCUUACCAAAGUAUCCGCCUAGCAAAGAGUUUGAUGCUAAAGUAAGGGAUGAAGAAGCUAGAAGGCAAGGAGCAGCAGGAAACAAGGGCCAGAAACAUGACCAUGAGAGAAGAGGUGCAAGAGAAUCACGAGCCGUACCUGCACCAGAUGCCAAUGCUGAACUUGUCUCUUCAAUGCAGAAGAGACAAAGUUAUGCCAAUUCUCAAAGCAGAAGUGAGAAGUUUAACCCUCACCCAGAAGAAGUUGCUUCUGGAUUUCCCAUUGAUCCUCCUAGGCCAUCACAAGCUGCAGAAGUAAGUGCAGAUCCCCAGGUUCAUCAGCAUAAAAGAGCCUCCCAUUCAGGUCCGCUGACUCACCGUGCUGCGUGGGCUAAAGCCGGGAAGAACCAGGAUGAUGCUCCGAAGAUUUCAAUGGGGGGUGGUGGCGACUUAUCAACAAUAUCUGGCUUAGUUGCGGCUAGAAGAAGUAUGUUGUCCGAUGAUCGGAGAGAAAGGUCUGGAUCGUCGCAAGUGGAAGCUCCAAAAAUAAUAAGCAGGUUCCCAGGAUCCUUCAAAGAGCCCUCUGAAUCAUUGAUGCAGCAGGAUCAGAAGCAUCAUGCACAUGCUCCUCAAAAGGAAGAAGGGAGAGUCAACAACAAAGACCCAGUUCUUGUUGGUUAUGGCUCCAAGGGUCCUAAAAUUCAUUAUUCUGGUCCAUUGCUAGUUCCAUCAAGCAACAUGGACCAGAUGUUGAAAGACCACGACCGCCAAAUUCAAGAGGCGGUUAGACGAGCUCGCUUAGACAAGGCGAAGAUGAGGAGACUCCAAGCUGAAGGCAACCAGAUAACCAAUUCAUUAUUCGUUUCUGGGCGUUGAGAGUUGUAGAGCUUGAUGCCGCAACAGCAUCAUUUAAGAAUAUUUGAUUCUUUUUUUUCUUCUUUUUUUCCCUCUCUAUUUUGCCUGUACAGCGACCCCUCGCAAAAUGCCACCUGUCGGCUGUCGCCGUGUUAGGUAACUGAAUAGCUUAGGAAUCUUAUCUCCCCCCUCAACUUUAAGAGAUCAUCAUCACAUGUAUUUUGUUGCCACUUACAACUGUAAUUUCUAAUAUAUGUCAUUCUUAUGAUGAAGCUUAUAUUAUCAGCCUUAAGCUGUUAGAAUACUGGGAAGAACAUUUUCCUUCCUCUUGUUAACUUUAUGAUGAUACAGUAAUUAUCACUGGGAAGAUGAUGAUCAUGAUGA